AUGGCGGCGCCGACGGCGGCAUCCGUCGCGCCUCUGGUGAACACCGCCCCGCGUCUCCUCGCUCGUCGCGGGGCGAUCGCGCGGCCCGUCGCUCGCGGUCACGCGGUCCGCGCGAGCGUCGUCGGCGCCGGGGGAGAAAACGCGUCGGGACAGUUGGAAUCCACGACGCGUCGAGGAACGCCGCUCCCGCUCCCUUCCCACUUCGACCUGGACACCGCCGUCCUCCUCGGCGGAUUCGCGUUCGAGUCGUACUCCACCCCGGAGGGCGGCGUCGUCGAUGCCGACGUCAACGGGUGCAGCACCGCGUACCUCUCCGACUUCGUCCGCGAGGUGUACUCGGGGGUCCUGGAGGUGACGAUGGUGCGAGGGGAGAACCUCCCGCGGGGCGAUAAGCUCGGCCUCAGCGACCCGUACUGCGUCGUCUCAGUCGGCGGUGGGGGAUCCAGCGCGAGGACAAAGACCAAGCGGUUCACGCUGGACCCCAAGUGGGACGACGAGGCUCCGAUGCGACUGCUCGUCAGGCGGCCGUCAGACAAAAAGGCGGGGCUUCAUUCACAGACGUUGACUGUUCGAGUCCUCGACGAGGACGCGGGCAAAUCCGACGACCUCCUCGGCGUCGCCAGGCUGCCACUCGCGGACCUCAUCGACGGCAGCCUGGUCAAGAUCCCGCUCACGGGCGAGAUCGGGCUGGCGCGGGAGGAGGAGGUCACCGCAGAGCUGACGUCGGAGGGGGGCGGAAUCGGCGGCGGGAAGAUCGUCGCCAGGUUACGCUUCGUUCCCUUCAAUCCGAGGGCCGAUGAGGUGGUCGGGGAGGGGCUUCGACGCGCCGCGCGGAUCAUGGAGCGUAAGGGCGAGCGCGACGGGUCGGACUCGAUGAAGCUGGCGGCCAAGGCGGCCGGGGCGGUCGCCGGCGGGCUCGCCUUUGUCACGACGGAGUUAUCGCGGGGCGAGCGAGAGGGCGGGCUGUGGGCGGUGCGCCCCGACGGCGAGUGGGCCACGCUCGCGACGGAGAAACGUCUGAGGGUGCGGGGUAAGGAUGCGUCGCCUCACGAUUUCGAGAAGGUUUGCUUCGUCGAGUCCGUCAGGACGGACACGCAGGCGGCGGUGUGGCGGUGCGUCGCGGACAGAACGGUGGUAGUCUCAUUCCGGGGAACGGAGAUGUCGAAACCCUUGGACGUCCUGACCGACGUCAACCUCGCUCCCGCGGCGUUCUCGCCGGAGAGGGUGGAGGUGGAAGGGGAGGACGAGCCGAGGGUGCACGGGGGUUUCCUGGCGGCGUACGAUAGCGUCAAGCGAAGGAUCCUCGGAGCGGUGGACGACGUCGUCGGCGCCGGUUCCGGUUCCGGAAAAGUGGACUCGGCGGACGAAGGGGAGCGCGCGCUUCGAUCGAACGGGGGGAACGACGACAGGUGGCACGUGUUCGUGACCGGUCACAGCCUGGGCGGCGCGCUGUGCACGCUGCUCGCGGCGGACCUCGGCGCGAGCGUCAAGAGCGGGUCGAGAAAUUUCACCGUCACCGCGAUCAACUUCGGGUCACCGCGCGUGGGAAACCGCGCGUUCGUGGCGAUGUACAACGACCUGGUGCCCGACAGCGUUCGCGUGGUGAACGGCGACGACCUCGUGCCCACGCUUCCGGCGCUGCUCGGAUACAGACACGUCGAUCACGGCGUUCGCAUCGACACGGACGGGGGACUGGCCGGGUGCUCGGACACGUUUUUGGCCGCCGCCGAAGACGAGGACGUUCAGAGUCGGAGCGUGACGGGAGAUCUAUCGGAGACGCGCGAGGACGACGGCGGCGGGUGGGCGGGGCGCGCGGCACUCGCGGCGGCGAUGCGCGGGGACGUCACCGCGGCGGCGGAGAGCGUGAGGUUGGAGAUUCAGACCAAGGGCGCGGGCAAGAUUGUCGAACUCGCCGAGUUGCUCGGCGUGGGUACUUUCCUCGGGGUGGACGAGGAGACCGCGGCGGACGCGGCGAACGCGCUCGCGACGCUGGUGAGCGCCUCGGCGGUGGGGGACCACUUCGAGGAUAAGUACUACGCCGCGCUCCGGGACGCGGCGGGGAGGCGGACGUGA